UAGUUUCCUUCAUUUUCGAGUAUUUUUAAUUGUUCAAUUUACUUACAUCGUAAAGAUAUUUUGCGAUUAUUCGUAAUCAUAUGUAGUUUAAUAUACGAAGUAAAAUAUGAAUAUACGAGACACCGUGGAAGAACUAACGCAAAUUGGCAUAGAAAUACGUCGAAGUUUGGAAUCGUCGCUUGACAGAAAGGAACAAGAGGAAUUAAUAUUGGGGCAUAUCAAAGUGUUUUCGAACAAAGAAUCGCGGAUCGUUGAUUUUCAAAAAGGAUUGGAAUGGUUCAACGUCGCAGAGGAGUUAUCCAUAUAUGGACAUCUCAGUGGAAAGAUAAUUAUUUUGGAUUUCUUUACAUACUGUUGCAUCAAUUGUAUGCACAUUUUACCAGAUUUAGAUUAUCUUGAAAAACGGUUUUCAGUCACAGAUGGUCUUGUUGUUGUUGGUGUGCACAGUGCAAAAUUUUCAAACGAACGAGAUUCAAAAAGAUUGUUGUCAGCAGUGCAGAGAUAUAACAUAAAGCAUCCAGUUGUAAACGACGCAAGUUUAUCAACAUGGCGUGAUUUGGGAGUCUGUUGUUGGCCAACAUUGGUAAUGAUAGGACCAAACGGUGAAUUACUCGCAGUUUUCGUGGGAGAAGGACAUAGGGAUGAAUUAAUUCUGUAUGCAGACGUAGCAUUAACUUACUUUAAAUCGUUAAACAAAAUAUCGAAAAAUGACGUUCCUUUGCAAUUGUCGCGACACUUGUUGCCUAUUGCGAGAAAUAGAACUGUUUUGUUCCCAAGUAAAUUAGAGAUUGCCGAAUACGAGCAAGAAGAAAUGUUGAUCAUAGCGGAUACAGGCAACAAUAGAAUUUUAGUAAGCGAUACCUUAGGGAACGUGAAACACGUUAUCGGCGGCUUUAAUCCAGGUUUCAGGGAUGGUGAUUUUGAAAAUGCAAAAUUCAACGCACCUCAGGGAGUGUGUGCACUGGAUAGUUCGAUUUAUGUUGCCGAUAACGAGAAUCACGCAAUUAGAAAGAUAGACAUGAUAAAGAAACUAGUAAUCACCGUCGCUGGUACGGGCACUCAAGGUCACGAUUACAUCGGGGGUAAGAUCGGUGAGGAGCAGGUUUUAUCAUCACCAUGGGAUGUAGCUGUUUACAAUCACGAACAGGAUAACGAUACGGUACCUGUAUUGUUGAUCGCAAUGGCGGGUACUCAUCAAAUUUGGGCGCUUUUCUUACAAGAUACUACUUGGUGGAAGAAUAGAGGAUACAAGGCGAGUACGUGCGUUGCAAUAGUUGGAAGUGGCAAAGAGGAAAAUCGUAAUAACACAUAUCCUCAUGCGGCUGGUCUAGCACAACCGUCUGGUUUAACCGUAGUCGAAGGAAAAAAAAUUGCUUUGUUCGCAGACAGUGAAAGUAGUGCUGUUAGAAGCAUAGAUCUACAAACCGGACGAGUUUCCGGUGUAUGUGGUGGAAACAGAAAUCCAGCGGAUCUGCACGAUUUCGGAGAUUUCGAUGGUGUACAAUACGCAGCUAAACUUCAACAUCCUUUGGGAAUAACGUGGGAUUCGAAAGAAAACGUUGCAUACGUAGCCGACACUUACAAUCAUAAAAUCAAAAAAAUCGACAUAUGCACCGGGUACUGUAAGAGCAUGUACGGCAAUGGAAAACCGAACGACGAGUUUCUAUUGGACGAACCUAGCGGUAUUACCGUAAGUUCGAAGAACCAUCUCUUGUACGUGGCCGACACUAAUAAUCACGCUGUGAAGAUCAUAAACACGAAGAGGGAAAACAUUACGACGUUGUCCAUACAAAUUCCCACGAUCGAAACUGACAACAGUUGGAACAACGUUUACUCCUUCGAUACGACAAUCAACGAAAGUGGUGGCAAAUUGAAUAUCUCGUUCGAUAUAAUAUUCCUCGAGAACGAUUUAAAAUUGAAUUCAAACGCACCACAAAAAUGGACCGUGAAUCUGUCAAGAAACACGGGGUGGAGUGCUGCGGCAACGAGCGGAGAACUUUCAAGCCCGGUAUCGAUCAAAAUUUGCGAAGGAUACGGUACACAGGAGGUGCUCGUGACAUUGGAUAUUAUCGCUUGUAAAAUUACCGAAUGUGUACCGAAGAAGUUGUCGGUAGUAUAUCGUGUGCAUCAAAAAACAAAUGCUCCCAAUUCUGUAAUCGAAGAAAAACAGCUUGUCGUUGAAUAAUAAGUCUUUUUUUCUUUU